AUGGAUGACAAUGAAGCCUUGACUUCAGAGCCCAGUGUACAACAAGGACACAAGAGUGGGCCGCAUCAGUUGAACGAGCCAGUCCAGAAGAAGAGGAUUUCAUCAGCUCGAGAAACUGGCCACCGAGAAGUUGAAUCUCCUUCUGAGAUAGCAGCAGCUAGAAGGACAAGUAAUGAUAACGCGUCUAUGACGCAAGACCAUGGCACUGCCUCAUCGAGACAGGUGGUCUCUAGCGAUACAGACAUUCACUACACUACACCCCAACGACACGACCUUGACUUAUCGUCCGGGCAGCAUCAUUACGUCCAUUCUUCGAUCAAGGGACUCUUUGCCGAUCAUGCUCAUAUCCGGCGUCCACGCCCCAGCGCCUCAAGAUGUGAUGCUGCAUGUCACAUGUCCUAUGAGAGACAAAGAACCGCAUCGAUGCUGCCGACUCAACAAAACGGGUUACUUACUCGCAGUCCACAGCUUGGCGGUGAAGCUCAUCAUUCAAGUGCCAAUCAUCAGAUACACGACACCACUGGAAGACGAGAUACGCCAUCAGCUCAAAGCAGCAUACCUGUUCCUGAUCUCCCGCUUGUAAAGUGGUACGUCGAAGCACGACUGGCAAAGCGAUCCACUUCAUACUCCAUAGCGACCAAGUCUCUCAAGAAGUCCUAG